GCCCUCUUGACAUUUGAGGAAGGUGGCUGUGUUUUUCACGGAGGAGGAGUGGGCUCUGCUGGAUCCAGGCCAAAGAGCUCUGCACAAGGAAGUCAUGGAGGAGAAUUAUGGGAUGGUGGCCUCUCUAGAAUCAGACCUCCGUUCCUGUUGGGAAGAAGGACACGAUCCAUUUCUCCAGGAUCUCAAAGAAGGGGCGACCUCAGCAGGUAACGGGCAAAACAUGGAGAAUAACGGGGAGCCAUCCAUGGUGUCAUCAGAAAAUGUAGAGCAAGAAGCAUGGAAAGAGACUUUUGUAGAUCAAGGAGCACCCCAAAAGCAUGUAGGAAACAUGUUGAAGAGUGGGGGAAUUAAAUCCUUGGCUACUGAGGACAUCGAUGUCCAUGUACCCCUGAGUUCACAGGAAGAUCACACAGGAAACACUGGGAAAGCAUGUCCAGAACGCAGCAAACUAUAUAGUCACCCAACUCAAUUUAAUGUACGUUACAACAUCCACGCAGAAGAGAAACCACUGAAAUGUUUGAAGUGUGGAAAGAGCUUCAGUCAUAGUAAAACUCUUACUCAACAUCAAAGAACUCACACAGGGGAGAAACUGUUCAAAUGCCUAGAGUGUGGAAAGAGCUUCAGUCGCAGUGGAACUCUAACUCAGCAUCAAACAACGCACACAGGGGAGAAGCCAUUUAAAUGCAGAGAGUGUGGAAAGAACUUCAGUGGCAUUAGUAACCUUACUAAGCAUCUAAAAACCCACACAGGGAAGAAGCCAUAUAAAUGCAAGGAGUGUGGGAAGAGCUUCACUCAUAGGAACACCCUUACUUUACAUCAAAGAACCCACACGGGGGAGAAACCGUUUAACUGCAUGGAGUGUGGAAAGAACUUCACUCAUAAGAAUACCCUUACUUUACAUCAAAGAACCCACACAGGGGAGAAACCGUUUAAAUGUAUGGUGUGCGGAAAGAGUUUCAGACAUGGUGGAAGCCUUAAGUUACAUUACACAACGCACACAGUGGAGAAACCAUUUAAAUGCAAGGAGUGUGGAAAGUGCUUUAGUUGGAGAGGUUACCUUUAUUCACAUCGAAGAACCCACAGGAGAAAACCUUACACAUGUAUCGAGUGUGGAAAGAGCUUUACCCAGAGUGGAAACCUUACUGCACAUCAAAGAAUCCACACAGGGGAGAAACCAUUUAAAUGUAUGGAGUGUGGAAAGAGCUUUUGUGGGAAAGGUGACCUUACUCAGCAUCAAAGAACGCACACCGGGGAGAAACCAUUUAAAUGUAUGGAGUGUGGAAAGUGUUUCAGUAGCAGUGGGUAUCUUAAUGUACAUCAAAGUACACACACAGGGAACAAACCAUAUGUGUGCAUAGAGUGUGGAAAGAGUUUCAGCACAAGUGGAAACCUUAGAUUCCAUCAACAAACCCACACAGGGGAGAAACCAUUUAAAUGCAUGCAGUGUGGAAAGGGUUUCAGUCAGAGCGGAAGACUUAUUGCACAUCAAAUCACCCACACAGCGGAGAAACCAUUUAAAUGUAUGGAGUGUGGAAAGAGCUUUUGCCAGAAAGGAAGCCUUAUCACACAUCAAAGAACCCAUACUGGGGAGAAGCCAUUUAAAUGUAUGGAGUGUGGAAAGGGAUUUAGCCAGAAGGGAAGACUUACUGCACAUCAAAUAACCCACACAGGGGAGAAACCAUUUAAAUGUAUGGAGUGUGGAAAGAGUUUUAGUCAGAGUGGAAACCUUGCUUCACAUCAGAUAACCCAUACAGGAGCAAAACCUCACAGAUGUAUGGUGUGUGGAAAGAGUUUUGGUUCAAGGCAUAACCUUACUGUGCAUGACAGAAUCCAUACCAGUGAGAAACUACUGAAAUGUAUGGAGUGUGGAAUGACCUUUAGCCAGAGCAGAAGCCUUAUUGCACAUCAAAGAACCCACACGGGGGAGAAACCAUUUAAAUGUAUGGAGUGUGGAAAGAGCUUCAGUCGCAAUUACUAUCUUACUUUGCAUCAAAGAACCCAUAGAGGAGAGACACCAUAUAAAUGCAUGGAGUGUGGAAAGAGCUUCUGUGAUAGGGGGAGCCUGAAAUCACAUCAAAGAAUUCACACUGGGGAGAAGCCAUUUAAAUGCAUGGCAUGUGGCAAGAAGUUCCCUAGGAGUAGUGCCCUUACUGUGCAUCAAAGAAUCCACACAGGGGAGAAACCAUUUCAAUGCAGAGAGUGUGGAAAGAGCUUCCGUAGGACUAGUGACCUUACUGUGCAUCAAAGAACCCAUACAGGGGAGACACCCUACAAAUGCAUGGAGUGUGGAAAGAACUUCUGUGAUAGGGGAAGCCUCAAAUCACAUCAAAGAAUCCACACAGGGGAGAAACCGUUUAAAUGCAUGGAGUGUGGAAAGAACUUUCGUAGGACUUGUGACCUUACUGUGCAUCGAAGAAUGCACACAGGGGAUAAACCCUUUAAAUGCAUGGAGUGUGGAAAGAGCUUCAGUCAGGGAAAUAGACUUACUUUACAUCAAAGAAUCCACACGGGAGAAAAACCCUUUAAAUGCACGGAAUGUGGAAAGAACUUCAGUCAGAGAAGUAAACUCACUUUACAUCAAAGAAUCCACACAGGGGACAAACCAUUUAAGUGCAUGGAGUGUGGAAAAUGCUUCACUCAGAGGAGUAAACUUACUUUACAUCAGAAAAUCCACACAGGAGAAAAACCAUUUUCAUGUAAGGAGUGUGGGAAAUGCUUCAGUCAGAAGAGUAAUCUUACUUUACAUCAAAGAACCCACAGUGGGGAAAAACCAUUUAAAUGUAUGGAGUGUGGAAAGUGCUUCAGUCAGAGGAGUAAUCUUACUUUACAUCAAAGAACCCACAGCGGGGAGAAACCGUUUAAAUGUAUGGAGUGUGGAAAGUGCUUCAGUCAAAGGAGUAAUCUUACUUUACAUCAAAGAACCCACACAGUGGAGAAUUCGCAUUAAUGUAUGGAGUAUUGAAAGAGGUUCAGUUGUUCUUACCCUCUUAUUUUACAUCAAAUAAUCCACACUGGGGAGCCACAUUUACAAAUGGAGUGUGGAAAGAACUUCAGCUGGGAGAGGUGACCUUACUAAGCAUCAAAGAACCCACACAGGAUAGAAGCCAUUUAAAUGCAUGGCAUGUGGAAAGAACCUCUCUAAGCCUCAGAUCCCAUCGACCAAUCCAACCGGGGAGAAACUCUUUAAAUGUAUGGCACAUCAAAAGAGUUUCAGACAUAGUGGAAGCCUUAACUUCUAUCCAAAACCCAUGCUGGGGAGAAAUUCAUGAGUGUGGAAGGAACCAUGAUAUGGGAAGUCUCAAAUCACACCACAAAACCCACGCCAUGGAGAAACCCUCUAAGUGAAUGGAAUAGGAAAAGAGCUGCAAUGGGAGCAGGAAACCUUACUGUAGAUGGAAGAACCAAGGGAGGCAUGAAACUAGUCUAGAAAGAAGAACUUUGGGGCAGCUGGACAUGUAUUGCCUAGAGUCUCCAUCAGAUGCUGCGUAGAGAGUAUGCUUUGGCCCAGCCAUGCCGCCAUGCCCAUAGUGGGAUGGAAGGCUGACAAUGGACGUGUCCAUUGGCUCUGGCCCACCAGAGGCUACCCUGAAAAAGCUCUCAGAUCAUCGUGAGUUGCCCAAAGAAAAAAUGAGGUUUUUCUUGGGCAAUGAAUUAGUUGUUAUAAGUAAAGUUUUUUUAUCUUCUCCUUUAUUUUUUCAUUUCAUUUUUCAUUCUAUUGUUUUACAGAUAUUUUAACAAAAAAUUACAUAAUCAAUUUAAAACACCAAAUCUUAAUAUUGACCCUCUCCCCUCCCUUUCUGCAGAUACUUAUGUUAUCUCUUUUACUACUGCAUAUCCAAUUCAAACCUUUUUACAAACUUUUUCUUUUAUAUUCUAUUUAGCUUUCUCUCACUGCACAUUUUCAUAUCAGUCCUGGCAAUGAUUUUAAGUUGUUUACAAUGAUCCUUCAGAUAUUCCAUAAAUUCUAUACUAUAGCAUCUUCUUUUUUGAUUUCUUAUUCUUCCAGCAAGUUCCUGCAUACUCCAUCAUUUUUUGUUGCCAAUCCUCUGUGGUCGGAACUGCUUCUUCUUUCCAUCUCUGGGCAUAUAUCAUUUGAGCAGCCGUAGUAGCAUACAUAAACAUUUUUUUCUGUUCUUUGGGUACCACUAAACCAGUUAUUCCUAACAGAAAAGCUUCUGGGGUUUUUUUAAACGGGUGCAGAAUGCUGCAGCG